CGCUCCGCCAUCGCUGUGUUCUGUGGUCUGAUCCAGUUCCAGGGAGAGGUCCGUAAGAAGGUUCUGUUCCAGCUGCUGCUGCUCCUCUGUCACCCCUUCCCUGUGAUCAGGAAGACCACAGCCAGCCAGGUGUACGAGAUGCUGCUGACCUACGACGACGUCAUCGACCCUGACGUGAUGGACGAUGUCAUGACGUCGCUGAGUGACACCAACUGGGAGGAGGACGUCGCCACGGUGAGGACCCACAGAAACCAGCUCUGUGAUUGGCUAGGAGUACAGAAGCCCCAGCUCGUUGCCAAGGUAACCAUUUUGAGAACUGCUAAUCAAAAAAUCGUCGGUGUGUUUUUUUUGCGCGUGUGGAUGGAUGAAUCAAUGAUUGAAUACUUUAUUAGCCUAAAGAAAACAGAUGUCUGGUCCUUUAUGCCGUAAGUCAGGUGCUGCUGCAGGUUGCAGAAUAACAUUCAUAUCAGGGUUGUGAUAUAAAGAGGCUUGUCUGUCUGUUAGUGAGGUUGACUGUUCCUCAUUAGACCCAGAUGCUUGCCUUUCCUCUGCCUGCCAAACCUUCAUUCACUUUACUAUGGAAUUAGUCGAGAACGAGGUCUGCUCCGAUAAGAGAAAACCUUUCAAAGAUAUGACCUUCGACUAUUUAUCAGAGUAAGGACUUGAUUUAGUUUGUCUAUGAAAAUAAACGACAAUAUUAUCCACUUUUAGCUCCUUGACACACGUGAUUAA